AUGCUUUACAUCGAGGUGAAUGUAUUGACAUAUCUACGUAUAUCCCGAUGUUUAUUCAUCUUCCGUUGCAUCGUUUUGUUAUUUUUGUAUACGUCAGCUCAAUAUGACCAGUCUGUACAUAAGAUAUUGUGUGCAAUAAUCAGGAAUUUUGUAUUUAUAUAUUUUUACAUGUUUUCUGUACAUAAAUUUACAAAGAAUCAUUCCAGUUGUGUAUAUCAUCAGAAUUUUUUAUUCCAAACACAGUCUUAGGACUACUGUUAUUUUUAUGAUUUUUUUAUUUCUUGAAAAGUUUAUUAUAUAAAAUCCGAUGAGUUUUAA